AUGGACGAACCCGAAUCCCCCCGACAGCAGGCAAGGAAAGGAUCAAGUAGCGAAGAAGUGAAAGAUGCUCUUCGUCGCACUCUCCCUCCCGAUGAUUAUGCCAACUUACCGGGUCCGACACUUUUAAAGAAAACCCUUGGGCUACAGACUCAUCGACAUAGCGCAUAUCUCGGCCCGACAUCUGAAUAUGAACCAGUCUUGAUCGAUCUAUGCCCCUUCGACCCAAAAGAUGAGUAUAAACCGAGAAUUAGCAGCGCAACGGGGGGAAGUUUUCGACGAGUUGCAGAUUCCACGACAUUUUUGAUGCUUUCAGAUAAAGAUACUCCAAACCAAUCUAAUGAACUGGAUGAUUUGGAUGCAAUUGAACGAGUCGUAAACCCACACGGACAAGCACUUAUCAAUCUAUAUUUUCGAAUCAUUCAUCCUUCGUUUCCGAUCCUUCACAAAAAUGUUUUCUUGGAAAAAUAUACCCGAACACACCGAGAGUUUUCCCCUCCAUUGUUAGCUGCAGUGUAUAUUCUGGCGCUUCACUGGUGGAGCUACGACAGAGAACUCUCAGCACAAAAAAAACCAGACGUCGAAGCGUUGGAAAAACUGGCAUGGAGAACAAUGUCUGAAGUGAUACACCGUCCAAAGUUAUCAGCGGUACAGGCUGGGUUAUUACUUCUCCAACGACCUGAAGGCGAUUCUUGGAUCCUCACCUGCCAAAUCGUUGCCAUAGCACAAGAAUUGGGGCUACAUCUUGAUUGCACCGGCUGGAAAAUCCCGAACUGGGAGCGAGGCCUGCGAAAGCGAUUGGCAUGGGCGGUAUUUAUGCAGGAUAAGUGGGCAGCACUGACUCACGGGCGCCCUUCACAUAUCACAUUAUCAAACUGGGCUGUUCAAUCAGUCACAUCAAACGAUUUCCCAGAAAGUUCUCUCGAUGAAGACGAUGACGAAGCGGGCUCAGAGGUCGAUAAAGGAAGAAUGCUGUUUACAGAGAUGAUCGAGCUCACAAAGCUCACAUCCGAAGUUCUAGACGGGUUUUUUACCGUAGAAAGCCAAGCAUCGAUAUUCCACGAAUCGGAGCAUCGAGGUAUCGAAAGUGUCCUCGAGAGGGCGAAACCCGUGCAGAUAAAACUCAAGGAGUGGUACUCUAGGUUGCCAGAAUGCCUAAGAAUGGAUUCUUCGAAAGUUAGGAAACUAAGUUCAAACGGAUAUCUACACCUGGCUUAUUUCGCAACCGAGAUCACACUCCACCGAUCUAUAAUCCGCGCUCUUUCUCCGGCUACCAGUCUCUACCUUGUUCAUAUCUGCCGCACAGCAGCUAAAACUCGUCUGAUAUCAGCAAUUGAAUUUGUCAACCGUUUGAAACCAGACCAGUUGCAAUCAUUUUGGUAUUUUGCUUCGAGGGUGAACUUUUCGUUAAUAGGUACCUUUGGGUCAUUGCUCUGGGCGACAUCCCAAGUUUCGAUCGAAAGCGAGUUUUACAAAGCAAGGCUAGACGAGUAUAGGUGGACGCUGAAGGUCAGCAGUAAGGGAGCUAGUUUCAUGGAUUUUGCGCUGAAAGCGUUGGAUGCAAGUGCUGGGUAUUGCAUCGAAGGUGUGAGCAAUGCCAUAGCUAUUCAUGGCCAUGCACAAGCACAAGUGACAGGAAUAGGAGCCAAAGGUCUUUCAUUUCAAAAGGAAUAUGAUGACGAGAUUAUGGCGGAACAGGAGGAGUACGAAGACGACCCACGACCGAUUCUUCCCAAGCAAACUACCCAAAUUCCGGAUAGUAGUCGUUUUCCGAAUUACAGCUAUGGGACCCCAAUUGACCAGCAACUGCAAAAUUUUGGACACACACCAUCCUCAAGCUACAGUGCAACGGGGCAAAACAACAUGACGAACAGGAGAGCCUCUAUGAUUUCAAACAAUACAUCCUUGGAUAUUACAAACCAACUGCCCUCAGCUGCAAGUGCCUCUGCAUUGAAUUUUUAUAUGAUGCAACAGCAGCAGGGAAAUGCAAAUGAUUUUGGCACCGCAGAUAGCUGGGCUGCAGAUAUGGAACGAAUGCACGUUGAAACGGAAGACGCAGCUGCACGUGGCUAUGAGAUCGGAACAUGA